CCGCUCAUCCAUCUAGGUUUGCAAACGUAUAAUGGCGCGAUAGCCCGCGUAAUGUCAUAGAGUGACCAGUGACGGCUUUACGGCACCUGCUUGUGCGAGUAACUGCGGUGUUUUCGGCUACAAGAAUGAAGGCGACAAGCAGGGGUUUGAAACGAAAAGCGCUGAGCGAAGUGCAGCCUACAUCAGCUAGUCGAAAACAGAUUUCAGUCGCCAAUGGCAUGAUGUGCAUCAGUCGUCUGAAAAAUCCUGCAGACCCCGAGAAUCUUCCAACUAGCGGAAAAAUCCAUGUUCCACCGGAAUCGUGCGACGCCUACGAUUUGAUGACCAAUGAACGUGUGCCGGCCCCAUACUGGAAGGAACUUGCCGAGCAAAGGCGCAUCGCACUCGAGAAGGCCCUCAAAGAGAACGAGCAGCUUCACGAGAAGUUGGAGCUCCUGACUGCCGAAAACAGACACCUACAGACCAUCGCCGACCAGGCACUUCCCUUGGCCGAGCUCUUAAAGGAGUUUGGAGCCCUCUCGUCAAAAGAACUGGAGCCCUCUCAUCAGGAGUAGCUUGCUGCUUGUGGACCUAACAGUUUUCAAGGUGUUGACCACACUUCUAAUUUGUUAGUCCUUGAGAAAUUUAAAGCAACAAAUAGUAUCUUACCUUGCAAUGCAUUUAUUUCUGUUCUUGUUACAAUGCUGUUCUUGUAUAUUGGUCUCAAGAAUGAGCUUUAAAUAUGUAGGUUUGUGUAUUUGCUACUGAAGAGUAAGAACCAGUACGUUUUCAAACAGCAAAAUAAAGUGGGAAACAACAUGGGUGCAUUCACGUGCAUCCAGAUCUUAUGUUGGAAUCAAAUUGUGUAUGCAGAGAGAGCACAAAAAGUAAAUGGAAUGCACUGACAUAUAUUUUAACACAUUUAGUGCUUGCUUGGGCCUGGUUAAAAGCAUCUUCUGUCAUCUGAUUUAGGUGCCAAAUUUAAAAGGAAUGUACAUCUUGGUAGUACCUUUGUUCAUUCAAGUUGCUCUCAAUAAGUCUUUGGUUCAUGCUUUUCCAUUUCCAUUUGACUGCACAUUUCACUCCUUGCCAUACUUCAUAGACCAGGUGAACCUUGACGUUCGUAACUACCGUGACAUCUCAUAUACAAGACUUGUGAUCAUCCUUUAUGUGUUACCCCACCCCUUAUGUAAUACCCCAAAAAAGGUCUUUAAGGAAAUAAAAUGAAACAAAACCAAAAAAAGGAUCGUGCAGGUCUGCCUGCUUAAAGCAUUUGUUGUUGAAUUCUUUUUUAUCACAUGUGUUUAGUGCUUAGACACCUCCUGACAACGAAAACUUGAGUUGCCUCUGUGCAGUUCAUUUUAGAGCUGUUGUGGUAUUUGCAAGCAAAAAUGAAUUUGCUAACACAUUGGCAUUUAUUGGCACUGCUAGUCAGGCCUGUCCUUUGCAGGUAGGCUCUCUGCCAGUCUGCCAUCUUGUGCAUGCUUGCCAUGAAGUCUGGUCAGAGCCUAUGUUGCACUCUCAGUUGAACACAUCAUACAAAUGUCAACAAACAAUUGCAUGGACACAUUAAAAGUGGGCAAAAUAGGCUAUCCAUAAAAGUUGCACGAAGACUAGUUGUUCUAAUUGUUGUGGUUCUAACUGUUGUGGCCAAGUCAUGAAAAAAAAAAUAA